AUGUUCGAUAAUAAUGAACAUAAAUUUAAAACAUGGUCCGAUUUUGAAAUACAAUUUCGAACUCGCUAUUUUUCAACAACAAUGACUCACACAAAAUUUGAUAAAUUAAAACAAAGAAUUCAACUACCCGAUGAACCAGUUACAUCUUAUAUUGAUGAUGUUAUUAAUCUAUGUCGUGAAAUUGAUACACAUAUGUCCGAUUCAAUUAUUAUUCAACAUUUAAUGAGUGGUCUGAAUCCUGAUUUUAGAAAAGAAAUUUCUCGACGCGAAUCAUGUAUGAAUACAUUAAGCGAAUUUUUUAAAUACGCUAAGAUUGAACAAGAUUUAUAUGAUACUUUUGAAAAAUCUCGUCAUUUGACCCUUGAAUCGAAACACUCGAAUUUUACAUAUAAUCAUACAACAAUUCCAUCAUUAACUGCUAUGAUUAAACAGCCAAAACAACAUUAUCAAAUUAUGAAAAGGAAUGAUCCUAUUCGUCAUGAUACAUCAAUGCAGAGAUCCAUGUUUAAACGGAACUCGGGUUAUUCACCUGAAUCACAAUCAACGUUUACAUCAAAUAAACAAAUUCAGAUGAAUUUAUCACAAAAGCCAUUUUACACAAAAUAUUCUAAUGAUCAAUCAACAUUUCAACAUCAAUUUAAUAAUUGCAAAAUCUGUGGUCGACAAAAUCAUCGAACAAUUGAUUGUUUUCGCAAACGUACAACUGGAUGUUUUAAUUGUGGACAAAAUCAUAUUAUUCAUGUAAAUAAUCAACCAACUGAAACAAUUGUUGACACAGGAUCCGCUAUCUCCAUUAUUCGUCUCGAUUUUCUCAAAACUGUUCAACAUACCAACUUUAUAUAUAGAAGUCGUAUAUGUCACACAGCAAAUUCAACACCUCUUAAUAUUAUUGGUCAAGUUAAAUUAGAAGUAAAAAUUAAAUUUAUAACAACUUAUGUUACUGCUUAUGUCGCAACCAAUUUAAUUACAUCAAUUCUUUUAGGCAAUGAUUGGAUUAAUUCAAAUCAUGUUCAUCUCUUUGGUGACCAGAAACAAUUAACAAUUCCUGAUCAACAUGGUCAAUUAAUUUCAAUCCCGUAUGUGGAACCUAGUGGCAUUAAUUAUCCUGCACUAUUAGUUCAUCAAAUUACUCUUCCUUCACAUUCACAAACUUUGGUCGACAUUACAUGUCAAGUUAAUAAUGAUCACAAUAUUAUAUUUGAACCAUAUGCACGUCAUAUAUCGAAAUUUAUUUUUAUUCCACACACAUUAUUGAAUAUUAAUAAUAAUCAAGCCAAAGUAUUAUUAAUAAAUGCACAAAAUCGACAGCAAACAUUAUCGAAGAAUACACGAAUCGGAACCAUAUCUCGCGAUGCAACAUAUACUAUCUAUGCAACAACACAAGUUCCAACAACACAUCAUAUUAAUUCUAAUGAACAUUAUCGAUCAUUAUCUCGAAAUUUCAAACCACAAACAACCAAGGCUAUUUUACACAAAAAAGACAACGCUGAAAAUGAACAACUGAAUACUAUUUGUGAUAACUGCAACGAACAUUUUUUAUCUGGUAAUGAUCUACAAAAACAUCUACGAGCAGAAUUUUAUUCCGAUCAAAUUCGAAAACAAAUACUUGACUCAACUAAACAUAUUGAAAAUCCAAAACAUCAAUUAGCAAUUCAAGAUAUAUUAUGGCGAAAUAAAAUACUAUUCGAUCCGACACCAUCAACUAUUAAUAUUCCUCCACAAUCAGCAAUUAAAACACGUGAUCAUCCACCCAUUUACUCGAAACAAUAUCCCGCUUCAUAUAAAGAUCAAGAUAUUAAAUUUCAAGAAACGCAAAAAUUAUUAGAACGUGGUCAAAUUGAAGAAUCAACUUCUCCGUG